GCCAAAGAGAAACACUAAAAAUCAAUCGAACUCUUUAUACAUUCAAAAAUCAAAAUUUAUUCUCUCCUUUAUAAUCAGUCAGUCAAAUCAAAUUCAAUAAUAUCGUUAAUUUACACUUCUCUCGGUGCUUACGCGGGAGGAACACAGCUACAACUAAAACUACAUUACCCAAAGCGAAACUCGAAAGCAUCACAGAAUUUUGAAGGUCUUUUGCUGAAUGGCGGAUAACUCUGAAGAGCUCGAACCCUUGUUUGAUUACAAACGCGUCCAGCCUCGCGAUUUUAUUUGCCUAGACGAUGAUGGUUCUGAUACAUCGCCGUUUCCUAUUCCAAAACGAAAGAAAACGUUUCAGAAUCCAAAAUCUGUUAAAGUAGUGGAUGAUGAUGAUGAUGAUGAGGUACGAGUAAUUGGAAUUGAGAAUUGUAAAGAUAAGGAUGAGGAGGAUUGGUUACCUCCUCCGCCUAAGGUUUCAAGUGAUUUCCAGAAUCGGUUUGGUGAGGAUUCUAUGAUAAAGGAGUUGAGGUUAAAGAAGCAGGAGCUGGAAGUACUUGCCAAGUCAGGUGUGAAUGUGUUGCGAGCAGUGGAAGAGUCUGUUCAACGAUCACUUAAUAGUUCAGUUUCAGCGAAUGCUGCUUCAGAGACUGUCUUUGAGCAACCAGCAAAGCUUCCUUGUGAAAGAGCUAAAAUAGUAAUUUCCUUUCAGGGCAAGGAAGUGUCUAAACAAUUUCGUGUGUACAAGGAUGACAAGUUUGAGCGGCUCUUCAAAGUAUAUGCAGAUAAAGUUAAAGUUGAUAUUCAAAACUUAGCAUUUUCGUUUGAUGGGGACAAAAUCAGUCCAACAGCAACCCCUGAUAGCCUUGGCAUGGAGGAUGAUGACAUUAUUGAAGUACAUGUAAAGAAAAGCUGAAUGAGGUAACUUUUGGUGCAUUUAAGCUGCUGAAAAUUCUUACAGCUUUUAUUCUUCAGGUUUUUGUUCCAAAUAUAAACACUAGAAGCAACCUGAUGUUGCUUAAAUCUGUUCAGAGUUCAUCAUGAACAGUACAAGUACCUUGACCUUACAGUUUCUGGAUUGGCCAUUAAUUGUACAGCAGUUUGAAAUUUUUUUGUUUCUUCAAGUUGUUCAAAGUAUGCUAUUCAUGUAACCCUAAAAACCGUUCAGUCGUGGAAAGGCUAUGUUAGACAAACUCACAUGUAGCUGUGGUUUUCUUGUACUUACAUUUGGGAAAAAAGGGGCCUUUACCUGAAUCAUUUUCUUGGCGAUGUGGACUCCCUGCAUUAUUAUAUCGAAGGUGGAAUUCUGUAUUUGUGUAA